ACAAUGGCUAUCCUAACACAUUCACCUUGGGUCAGCCUUAGGGUGUGGUGAGAUUGCACAUGCUCAUUGAGGAAUACAUUCUCCCUCAUGGGACUCAGAGUUGGAGAGAAGUCAGGCACCCUGUGGCAGAAGGGAAUCUGUCAUAAGGCCUGGCUUCCUUGCCUUGUGGGUCCUGCCUUAUGCCACUUCUGCCUCCCUUGGCAUCUCCAUGGGCUUACCUACACAGUAGCACAGUAAAUUCGGGCCUGCUUCUCUCUGCUCUGGCUGAAGGGGGUACAGGGCCACGGGUGGAGAUGGGAGGGGUUGGCCCGAAAGCUUAGGAGCUGCUGGGUAGCGCAGGUGCAGGCACUGGGCGGUGUCUUUGUUCUUUCACCCAUUCCUCCCCUCCCCUUUCCUCCCCGGAAACCAGUGACUUUGCCACCACCAGUAUUGGGGAUGACGAGUGGUGGGGGCCAGGCCCAGGGCGGGUUGGGAGUAAAGGGGGCUCCUGCAGCUGUCAGGCUAUAGACAGGCUGACAUCUUGGCUUAGGGCUUGGUGCUUGAAGACUUGGUUUCCACAUCAGCAGUCAUGAGCGGAGGUAACAACUGCACAGAUAUGUUAGCGGCCGGAAUCCCCCGCUUGACCAAGGCCUGGGGAUUGUGGGCCCUCUUAGGGGCUGUGACACUGCUGCUUCUCAUCUCACUGGCUGCACACUUGUCCCGAUGGACUAGUGACCGGAGCAGGAGCCAUCCGGGAAAUUCUGGAGGGUCUGUGGAAGAGGUCCCGCUGUAUGGGAACCUGCAUUAUCUGAAGACAGGACGGCUGUCUCAAGAACCAAGGCCAGACCAGCAGGAUCCAACGCCUGGAGGCCCUCCCAGGGCUGCAGAGGAGGUGAUGUGCUAUACCAGCUUGCAGCUGCGGCCUCCUCAGGGCCGGAUCCCGAGCCCUGGAACCCCCAUCAAGUACUCAGAGGUAGUGCUGGACUCUGAGCCAAAGCCCCAGGCCUCAGGUCUAGAGCCGGAGCUCUACGCCUCAGUGUGUGCCCAGACCCGCAGAGCCCGCGCUUCCUUCCCAGACCAGGCCUAUGCCAACAGCCAGCCUGCACCCAGCUGAGAUGGAGGACCUGGCACAGUGGGGCAUGCAUCACCCCAGCCUCCUCUGUUGCAGGGGUUACUGCUAUCCUCUUUGGGUAAUGACUGUUUCCCAACAACCCCCAGACCCACACCCAUUGCCCAGUCACAGGAGGUGAUAUUCCCCAAACUUCCUAUCUGAGCUAUGAGUGAGAUAUCUCAGGGGACCGAUAGGCUCUCUGUUUCUUGAGGAUGGAGGAAGCAGAGACAGUGGUCCGUCCCUUCACCACCUCUUUGCUCUAUCUAUUCCUCUCAGCCCCCAAACUCCCAGGUUCUCACUUCUUCCUCCUUCUGGAGUUUAACCAAAUCCUCCCCCCACUACCGCUCUCUUAAGUGUACCCCUGCCAUCUCAGUGUCUCCUCAGACACAGGAAGUGGGCAGUGGGGGAAGGGGGAAGAACCUGAGAGGACUUGGUUGGGUGUCUCCCUCCAGAGCCCACAGGCUGGAGGGGUCCUGGAACCUAGCAACCUGAGGAACUCAAGCCUGGCUUCUGACUUGAGAAGCCUAGCAGGAGAAUACCAGUCGUCAUCCUGCUGCCUCUGUUGUAUCCCCCCCUCCCCCCGCAAGUUUUCAAA